AUGAAUCCUCAACUAAUAGAGAAAGCUAUCAAGUCUUUUAAUGAAUCCUGCCCAGCAGUUACUUACAAGGACCCUUUAUUAGACCCAGCCGUUACGAAAGCUUUAUCAAAAAGCUUCGUUCAGGUUUUAACUUCAAAGCAUAACACUACUGUGGACACAAACUUAAGACUGUCAGUGCUUGAAAACAUACGUAAAAUAUGCAAGGUGCAUCCUGAAGGCCAUUUAAAUAUACACGAAAACCAUACUGCAGCGCUUGUAGACGUUUAUAAACAAGCCGUUUUUUCAAACAAUACGAGUGAAAUUGACCAAAAGUUAAGUGCCUUUUUAAUCAGAACAUGCAAAGAUACUGAUAUGAAAUCAUGUUAUAAUAUUGAUAUCAAUCCAGAAUUAGUUCAGGCUUUACUUAAUUUAGAUUCAAGUAUUUUUAACAAUUUAUCAGACAGUAUUAUUAAUUGGAACACAAGUGAUAUAAGGUGUUCUACAAUAUUGAAUAAUUUAUGGGAUCAGAACAUUCUCCGCUCAGAUGUUGUUAUAAAAAUGAAACCAGAGAUAGAAAAUAUGUUAUUAAACUUAUGUGUUAAAGUCCUUGAAAAUAGAAGUCUUGACUUAAACCUAGAACUAAGCGACAUUACAUAUCAAAGAUUGUUGUGUACUAGUGCUGAAGUUCCAAAUUGCUUUCAAAUUUGCAGUUCAAUAUUAAAUUCAGUAUUAACCUCUACCAACUACGAUUCAGUGAUAUUAGACUUAGUUUAUAAUUUUAAAUGUAUUAUAAAAACUAAAAGCAAAGAUCAUUUUUCCAGCUUGUACCCUACAAGGUUAAUCCAUAUAGUUAUAUUACUAGAUGUAGAAAUUCAAGACCUACCAGAUGAUUUUAAACAAGAUUAUAUAAGAAAAACUGUUGGAUAUCUAAAAGAAAUGCAUAAUACCUCUCCAAAGAAUUUUACUAUGUUACUCUCACAUUUUCCUCAAUGGUUUAAUGAAUGUUAA